AAUGGAGGAAUUACAGGUUUUGGCAGAUGAUCGUUGCUAUACUAUAGGCAAACAUCCGUCAGUCAAAACGACGUCUAGAAAUCAAACUAACGGAGACGUUCAGAUAAUGGUAAGCAUGCUUUUCAUCCAACACGAAGGUAGGAGGGAAUUUGAAGAAGUAGAAAAUAAUUUGGAGAAUAUGUGCCCUAAACAAGAUAACCAAUCAAAGUUUCUCGAUGGAAAUAUGACUUUAGAGAGAAAGAGUAAAGACGAAAGUCAAGGUUAG